AUGAGUUAUUUAAAGAAUUCCGAAGAUGAUUGUAGCUGCAGUGAAUGUCACAAAAAGGGUAUUAUCGAUGAGAUGUUUUACUGUGGUGAAUGCAGCUUUGAAAUUUGUGCUCUUUGUGCUUACAAGAGACAUCAUCCACAUGGGGCCACUCCGUUGUUGGAGAAACAGGCUAAUCAAAUGUUGAAAGGGCUUAAACAAGAAGCAAGAAAUGUUAUUGAGACGUACGACGAUUUGGUUCCUGAGCUGCACAAGGGACUUCUCGAGAGCAUUAACAUCUAUGAAACCAGAUUGUUUUCGAAAGUAGAAGCUCUCAAAGACGCUUCAACUUUGGUUGAUUUAAAGGAAAAGCAUGAAUCAUUCACAAAAAUAAAGUCCUCAUUCGAAUCAUAUGCUGAGGAUUAUUUGCCUCAUUUGCGCAAAUUCGACGCAGGAGUUAACCAAUUGAUUCAAACCCUCAACGAGUUCCCCGAUCUUAAGAAAUCCGAA